CCUUCACUCUUGCGAGCAUUUUCUUCUCUUUGCUGAGUUUUUGCUUUUGGGGUCUGCAAAUAAGGGUUUUGACCAGCGAAGAAGAUGGUGUGGGUAAGCUUGCUUGAGUUGGGUGGGUCCCACGGAGAAGUGGGCUUUGGACAAAAGAGGAAGAUGAAGCGUAGGAGAAGGAAUAAACCGCCAUGAAAGCUUGCGUUACAGGUCUUCUCCUUUGGCUCAGUCCCAUUGAAGGCCUAUCUUCCUGAUGGAGAUAUUGAUUUGACUGCUCUCUGCCUUCCAAACUUGGUAGAUAUGCUUGCUCUAAAAAUCUGUGCGAUCCUCGAGGAUCACCAACCACAGGACUCCAAGUUCCAAAUUAAAGAUGUCUGCUACAUUCGCGCACAGGUUAAGGUUGUAAAAUGCAUUGUGAAUGAUGUGGCAAUCGACAUCUCCUUCAACCAGACGGCAGGUCUCAGCACACUGUGCUUUCUGGAGCAGGUUGACCGACUGAUCGGAAAAGACCAUCUUUUCAAAAAGAGUAUUAUCUUAAUCAAAGCUUGGUGCUACUAUGAGAGUCGAAUUCUUGGGGCCCAUUAUGGCCUGAUUGCAACAUAUGGACUGGAAACGUUGGUGUUGUUUAUCAUCAAUCGCUUUCAUUCAUCGCUCCGUGGUCCUUUAGAGGUCCUGCUUAUAUUUUUGGAAUACUAUAGCACAUUUGAUUGGGAAAAUUAUGCUAUCAGUAUAAAUGGUCCAGUUGCCUUAUCUUUCCUUCCUGAAAUCAUAGUGACACCCCAAAACGAGGAGGAAGAAUUUCUCCUGAGUGAGGAGUUUGUAAGAGAGUGCAGGCUGGCGUUUCCAGAUCCAGCAGCGGCAGAGGCAGAUAGUGUUGAUGAAUUCCAAAUUAAGUUCCUCAACAUAGUGGAUCCUCUAAAGGACAACAACAAUCUAGGCCGUAGUGUUAGCAAAGGAAACUUCUAUCGUAUAAGAUCUGCUUUUUCCCUUGGGGCUCAAACACUUAGAGAGGUAUUAAUGUUACCGGGUGAACGCAUAGGCAUGGCACUUGAGAACUUCUUUGUGACCACUCUAGAUAGGAAUGGGCGUGGAGAAAGGGCAGAUGUGACAACUCCUGUCCCUGCAUUUGGUACUGGAACAUCUGAAGAAUCUGACCUUACUGGGGACUACGACAAACAUUGUGAUAGCCUGUUGUUUGCAAAUGCGUAUCAGUUUUUUAAUACACACAACGGUGCUCCACCUUUUGUAGACGAUGAUAUGAGCAAAUGGAAUUCCCUGGUUUAUACGGCUCAACUAUAUGGGAAUGUCAUUUUUCAAAUGGCAGAAAAUGCAUACCAAUCUGCUGCUACUUUUGGUGUUGGGGUGAUAAAGAAAUCACACGGAACAGGCACAUAUAUACCUAACCUGGCACUGCAAAAUCAAAAUGAUCCACAAAUGUGCCUCCAAGAGUGAGGAGAAGGAUUCCGGAGUCUAGCAAUCGCGGUCUGAGGAUGAAAUCACCUCGAAAGACAAACCAAGUUGAGGUUUCCACAGAAGCAGGCCCGAGCGAAAAUGCUCACCGGUUUAAUUUUUCACCUGAAGAAUUCCCACAGCUUCCCGGCAUUCAAAUACCCUCAUCGUCAGAAGUACAUCAAUCUGCUCAGCCUGAAUUGGCGUCUCCUCUGGCCAAAGAACUGAGGAUGAAAUCACCUCGAAAGAUGAACCAAGUUGAGGUUUCCACAGAAGCAGGCCCAAGUGAAAAUGCUCCCGGUUCAAUUUUUCACCUGAAGAAUUCCCACAGCUUCCCGGCACUCAAAUACCCUCAUCGUCAGAAGUACAUCAAUCUGCUCAGCCUGAAUUGGCGUCUCCUCCAGCCAAAGAACUGAGGAUGAAAUCACCUCGAAAGACAAACCAAGUUGAGGUUUCCACAGAAGCAGGCCCGAGUAAAAAUGCUCCCUGGUUAAUUUUUCACCUGAAGAAUUCCCACAGCUUCCCGGCGCUCAACUACCCUCAUCGUCAGAAGUACACCAAUCUUCUCAGCCCAAAUUGGCGUCUCCUCCAGCCAAAGAAUCCUCUCACACUUCCGGGAAGUCUAAGUUGGGGAAUUCUGAGCAUUCACUGUCACUACCGGAAAUGCCUUCACCUGUAGCAAGCCCACAGGCAAAUACUAGUGCUUCAUAUGCUCAGAACUUUAUACCUGGGGUCCCUGCGAUGGGAAUGCAGAAGCAACAAGAACUGUCACAGGUCAACGGAGCGACGAUUUGCUUGAACAAGUUCAAGCUAGACAAUGAUAACGACUUUCCCCCCUUGGCUUGACGGAGGCACCGAGGCGGCAUACGUGGAUUAGGUCGGUUGGCCAACGCAAUGCAUCCGUCCCCUUGCAACCAAUGCGCCUGCCCCUUUGCAUCCAAUCUCAAAUCCUAUUGGCGUUAAUUAGAGUAAUUUAGAAUAUUGCAUUUCAAUUUAAAAACAAAAGCAUUGAGACAUCAAUUUUGUUUUAUGCGUUUCCAGUUGA